AUGGGAUCAAUUCUGGAACGAAAUCAGGAAACAAACUGUAGUGAUAGCAACAACGGCAACGAUUGUAACAACCUCAGCGAUAGUAACACAACGUGCUGUGACCACGACUCAAAAUGGAAAGAAAAACGGAAAGUUAAUGUAUUGGAACAAUACGGGUACACUUUGGGCCGUUUUAUCGGUUCUGGGACGUACGCUACCGUUAAGGUCGUGUAUCCUUAUUUUUCGACUAUGGAAAAACGUACGUUAUUUUUUUUUUAUUGAUUUGAAUGUUUACUGCAGCUGGCGUAUUCUAAACGGCACGAGUGCAAUGUCGCAAUAAAGAUCGUCGCAAAGAAAAAUUAUCCCACGAACUUGUUAUACAAGUAUUUACCGCGUGAAAUCAACGUGAUCAAAGAACUACGGCACGAGCACCUGAUUGAACACUACGAGGCGAUUGAAACGUCGCGCAGGUUUACUCACCCGGCAAUAAUAUAAUAUUAAUUAACGAGUAUUUACGGGAUUCGGAUAUUUCUAGUUGUCAGGGGAUUGAUAAGGUGCCGGUCACGAUAUACCAGGUGAUUUAUUCAAGUGCGUACACUCAUCAUCUCGGAAUGUAUUAACUUUUCCUCUAUAUUAAAAUAGAUUUUAGUGUUGAAAUUUUUGAUUUCCGUCGAUCCGUUGACGAGAUAUUCCACUUUUAAGUUUGGGUUGCAGGAGAGUAAUGGUGCAUUAAUAACACGCCGUCACACAAAAUGAUACUCCACUACUCUUCUCCAACCCAAACUUAAAAGUGGAAUAUCUCGUCAACGCUGAAAUUUAUUUUGACUAAUGCCCCAUUUAUUUACGGAAUUUUUUCAUAUAGAUGGCCAUUUGAAAAUCAAAUGUAGGUAGUGGUUUUACCCUUGAAAUUAAGAGUGACAAAAAAUAACAUUAAUAUAAAAUCGUAGAGCGGCUUGUUUCUUAAAUGUUCUAGAAAACAAAUUCCGGAAAAAAUUAACACUUGCCGAGAUAAUGAGUGUACUCACUUAAAGGGAUCGCCCGGUAUAUACUUCACCGUUUCAACGGUAUUUUUCUCGAAGUAUCAUAAUACUUUAUUACUUUAUAUCAUAUAAUUAUCAUUUUCUGUCUACUGAAUACCUACGACCUCCCGAUUGAAUCGUAGUAGAUGGUUCUAAGCGACCGGGUCUUAUGGGUUCUAUAGGUUUUCUAUACCCUUAGUGUUUAUAUUGUUAUGGAGUACGCGGCAAUCGGGAGUUUAUAUGAUUACAUAGUCAAGAACAAACAGCAAAACGAAAGCAUAGCGCGAAAAUGGUUCAAAGAACUUGUCAGUGCCGUAGAAUAUUGCCACGCGAAUGGAAUAGUUCACAGGUGUGUAAUAUCGUAUUGUACGUGUCGUUGACCACGUGAUAUUAUUUUUCAAACGUUGCCAUUUCGUUGUUAUUGCAGGGAUCUGAAAUGCGAAAACGUGCUGUUGGACAUCAAAUUCAGUAUCAAAUUAGCGGAUUUCGGUUUAGCACGUAAUAACAUGAUAGGAAAAAACGGAACUAUUAAAACGAGCAAAACGUUCUGCGGUACUGCCGUUUACGCGUCUCCCGAAGUACUCAAAAAUAUUCCACACCGGCCCAAUACGUCCGACAUUUGGUCGAUUGGCGUAGUACUCUAUUGCAUCGUCUUUGGAACCCUCCCUUUCGAUGACUCGGGCCUCCAAGGCUUAAUAGAAGUGAGAGUCUCAUUGUUAUAGUAAUGACAGAAUGAUUAAGAAUGUAUUCUACUCAGUAUUUACAACCGCCCAGUGGUUAAAGUGGAGUGAACUUCGAAGAGAGGAUUUAUUUAUCGGAAAUUCAGGGGUAAUCCUGAAAACUAACUGAACCAAAAACCAUUCUUUCAGUAAACUCAUCAAGACCACCAAAAUACUUUUUUUUCACAUACAAAUUUUACACUUAUUGGACCUAAAAAUUAACUGCACCCCUCAAACAUAACUCUACACGUAUAGCUACUCGGUAAAAAUAAAGUGAACGGUGUCUAAUUAGGAACGUAUAGCCGAAUAGGUAUUAAAGGAUAUUUAUUUUUAAUAAAAAUAAUUCGAGUUCUUAAAAAAAUGUGAGUAAAAAUUUCUCGGUGACAAUAACUAAAGUGCCGCCCCAAAUACCGAUGACUUAAAUUAAAGGGAACUGAUAUUUUUACCUUAAAUAAAAAAGUGGACUCCGCCUUCCGUCUUCGUCUAUCACUUUGACCACUGCGAUUGCCCUGUACAACGUAUAGUAGAUAUGAAUUUAUUAUGUGUUUACUAUGUAGCAAGUAGAAAAGAAACUAACGUUCCCGCAGCAUAUCACGAUAUCCGACGGCUGUAAGCAGAUGAUAACUAAAUUGAUAGCACCGUUGGAGGAUCGUUUGAGUAUUUCUGAAAUUAAAAAUCAACCUUGGUACCGUGACUCGAAUACGGUUAGCACUAUAAGGUAG